GCGGCGGCGACUGGCUCCCGCGUGACGGUGGUGCUGGGCGCGCAGUGGGGGGACGAGGGCAAAGGCAAGGUGGUGGACCUGCUGGCCACGGACGCCGACAUCAUCAGCCGCUGCCAGAGACCUCACCCCUGACUGCCCCCAAAAGGCAGCAGAUGCAAUCAUGGGCAUGAACCUACCCUGUGACCCCCGCGGAGAGGAAUUACCAUACCACGCUUCCUGCAUCUCUCCACCUCCCAGGAUCCCCACCCAGUUCACCCAGCACCGCCCCGCCCAGAGCCACUGUCCUGAACUGGUUUCCUGCAAGGACUGGGCCCAGCCAGGCAGGGCACGCAGAAGUCGGGGCGUGGAGGGGGGCAACAACGCCGGCCACACGGUGGUGGUGGAUGGGAAGGAGUAUGACUUCCACCUCCUGCCCAGCGGCAUCAUCAACACCAAGGCUGUGUCCUUCAUUGGCAACGGGGUGGUCAUCCACUUGCCGGGCUUGUUUGAAGAAGCAGAGAAGAAUGAAAAGAAAGGCCUGAAGGACUGGGAGAAGAGGCUCAUCAUCUCUGACAGAGCCCACCUUGUGUUCGAUUUUCACCAGGCUGUCGAUGGACUUCAGGAAGUGCAGCGCCAGGCACAAGAGGGGAAGAACAUAGGCACCACCAAGAAGGGAAUUGGACCCACCUACUCUUCCAAAGCUGCCCGGACGGGCCUCCGCAUCUGCGACCUCCUGUCAGAUUUCGAUGAGUUUUCCUCCAGAUUCAAGAACCUGGCCCACCAGCACCAGUCGAUGUUCCCCACCCUGGAAAUAGACAUUGAAGGCCAACUCAAAAGGCUCAAGGGCUUUGCUGAGCGGAUCAGACCCAUGGUCCGAGAUGGCGUUUACUUUAUGUAUGAGGCCCUCCACGGCCCCCCCAAGAAGAUCCUGGUGGAGGGGGCUAACGCCGCCCUCCUCGACAUUGACUUCGGGACCUACCCCUUUGUGACUUCAUCCAACUGCACCGUGGGCGGCGUGUGCACGGGCCUGGGCAUUCCCCCGCAGAACAUAGGCGAUGUGUAUGGUGUGGUGAAGGCCUAUACCACACGCGUGGGCAUUGGGGCCUUCCCCACCGAACAGAUCAACGAGAUUGGAGACCUGCUGCAGACCCGCGGCCACGAGUGGGGGGUGACCACAGGCAGGAAGAGGCGCUGUGGCUGGCUCGACCUGAUGAUUCUGAGAUAUGCUCACAUGGUCAAUGGAUUCACUGCGCUGGCCCUGACGAAGCUGGACAUCCUGGACGUACUGGGGGAGAUUAAAGUCGGCAUCUCAUACAAGCUGAACGGGAAGAGGAUUCCCUAUUUCCCAGCUAACCAGGAGAUGCUUCAGAAGGUCGAAGUCGAAUACGAAACGCUGCCUGGCUGGAAAGCAGACACCACAGGCGCCAGGAGGUGGGAGGACCUGCCCCCGCAGGCCCAGAACUACAUCCGCUUUGUGGAGAAUCACGUGGGAGUCGCAGGUGGGUGCCCUGCAUCCCCAGCCACCCUCCCUGCACCCUGGAUGCCCCAAGGGGCCCACAUCCCAGCGCAGGGCUUGGUGAGCAGUAAGAAAGCCAAGCGUGGUCACCAAGUGAAUAUAUUGGAUGGCAGGAGGGGAGGAGGACUCAGAGCUGGGGCAGCGCGGAUCCUGUGGCCAGGGUGUGGGUGUGACCUUGCCAGGAGCCCCUGCCUCUCCGCAUCCAGAACAACAGACGGGCCACAUUCCAGCCACAUGAGUGUGUCGCAUGUUCACUCUCAUAGCCAGGGGUGUUUGCACCUACAGAGAAAGGGCCUGCAGGGACAGCCACUAAGUAGCUAAGGUUGUCAUUUCCAAGGGAGAAGGGAAGAGACUCCUGUUUUCUGCUGCAGGAGGAUCAGUCCCCCAACACG